UUUGUAUUCGGGCACGAAACACGUUCGUGGAUGAAUGAGCAACCGAACUCUGGACUAAGAGGUUCACUAUCAGGUGAUCAUAUACCAUACAUCUUCGGGUACCCUCUGGCUAAUUCAGACAAAGAGGAAAAACUCUUCUCUGGAUUUAGCGCUGAGGAUAGGGGUAUUUCGCAAGUUCUUAUGCAUUAUGUUGCAAAUUUUGUCAAAUCUGGCGAUCCCUCAAAACCAACUCCAAUGCCAAAAUCUUUCCCUAUGGGUGAUGCUUUCCAUGCUACAGCCUGGCCACAAUUUGAUCAACCUAAUCGAGAAGCUUACCUAGAAAUUACUGACCGGCCUCGGGUCAAAAACUACUACCGUAAUGCACGAGUAGGAUUCUGGACGAGUUUAGUGCCAGCUCUUCACUCAUCAGGAAAGGAAGGAGGAGAAAUACCUGAGCGCAUAUUUUUGUCAACAGAACAACACAGAUAA